GGCAAGUUGCAGCAGGACGUGACUUGGUUACCUGCAGAGGGAAUGAAGUUAGUGCUUGGAAAAACCUCUGCCCCAAAACAGCAAUAAGAACAAAUAGAGCCAAGCUGUGAAGUUUCCACCUGAUGAGAGAAGAAAGAUCAACAGGAGCAAAUGUGAUAGACUCUGACGAGCAGAGAUCGUAGUUGUGUUGUGAACUGCAAGGAGGAUACAUCAAACAGUUGUAUUACAAAGCAGCAGCACUCAUCACGCAAAGAACAGAAGUCAAAUAGCCUGUGGUCUUCAUACAUUAUCAUAUUCAAGGAAGUCCGAAGAUACCAAAGGCAAGUGCUGUAACUCCGAAAAGUGUGAGUGAUCUGGCAAUCUUGGGAAAAACCUCUCAUGAAAUUGAAGUCAGAGCCUGGAGAUGAAUGCUUUGAUACCAUUCUUUUUGAAUGUGGAGCUGCUCCUCUUAGCAGUGACUUCUGCAAAAGUAUUCAUUGACCCCAGGGAAGGCAGCAUUGCUGGAGGAACAUGGAUUACCCUGAGACUGGAUGAUUGCUUAGGUUUAACAUCUGACCAGCUCAGUCUCUGGUACUCAACCAAUGGGUCUCCGUUGGAAGUGUCCCUGGUAAAUCCAACUCUGCCUAGAGUUGUGUGUGAUGUCCACCCUCUGCAUUUUGACGUAUCCACCAUAAGAUGCAAAACAAGGUCCUUGCUGCAAGAGGGAGUGUACCAUCCAGAAGUGACUUCUAACGGACAGGUGAUAAGCACCUCGGGUAGGAUGAUUGGGGACAACUGCACUUUUAAGUUCUCCGUCGCUCAGACACCUGUGGUUUACCAAAUUAAUCCACCAUCUGGAGUCCCAGGAAGCCUAAUAGAAGUCUAUGGGCAGGUCAUUGCAGGAAGUUAUGAAACCAUGGACUUUGACACUGACUACAUUGAUGGCCCAGUUAUUCUUGAGGCUGAAGAUGAUGGGUGGAUCAGUCUGUGCUCAUUUGCCAACAAGCAAAACAGAAGCAUCUAUCCUAUCCAGGGAGAACAUGGAACGGGGACCCUGAAGUGUCGUGUAGAAGGCAAUUAUAUUGGCUCACAGAACAUUAGCUUCUCAGUGUUUAACAAGGGGAAGUCAGUGGUACACAAGGAUGCAUGGCUUAUCAGUGCCAAACAGGAGCUUUUCUUGUAUCAGACACACCCAGAAAUAGUGUCUGUGUUUCCCACCUCUGGAAGCCUGGGUGGAGGGACUCGUCUCACUAUUACAGGAGAUUUCUUUGAUCACCCCCUGAAGGUCACCGUUGCAGGUGUUCCCUGUGAAAACGAGUACAUUUCUCCCUGGAAGAUCAUAUGUAUCACUGGGCCAGUUGACAAGACCAGAAGACUCUCUGCACCCCAACCAGGAAACAGAGGGCUUCUCUUUGAAGUCUGGGAUGAUACAGUAGACACUGGCCUAGCAGAAGCAACACCUGGGUAUAGAUGGCAAUUUGUUCCCAAUGCCAGCUCUCCAGCAGGAUUUCUCUCUCAAGCAAAACAGCCAUUCAGGUCACGACUUCGUGGGUUCUUUGUGGCACCACAGACAAAUAACUACACCUUCUGGAUUCUUGCUGAUGGCAAGGCAUCUCUGUACCUCAGCCUGACAGAAGACCCAGGAAGUAAGAUGCAAAUUGCCUCUCUUCCUGCUGGUGUUUCCCAGUGGUCUGAACACUGGGAGAAGAACUGGAACCAAAGCUGGCAGCCAAAAUCCCAGAAAUUUGAGCUUACUGGUGGCUCAAGAUACUACCUGGAAGCACUGCAUCAUGGGACAGCGCCCAGCACUGGAGUGAGAGUUGGGAUUCAGCUGCACAACACCUGGCUGAACCCUGAUGUGAUUAAUACCUAUCACAGAGAAAAGCACGAGAUCCAAGCCAGUGCUCACCAACUUCCAGAAAUACAGAUGCUGACUCUCUCUGGGACAGGAUGGUUCAGUCUUUCCUGGGACAAUAUAUCCAGCAACAUGAUAUCCACAAAUGCUACAGCUGACCAGGUCCAAACAGUCAUAGAGGAGCUUCUUUCAGUAAAAUGUGACACUGAGCCAUCGUCUGCUAAAUUCCUUUUCCGGAAUGGGUUUGAGAACGUGUCAGAUCAGAAGGACUUCUCCACUAAGGGUUAUGUAGUCAGUGGUGUGGAGCCCUUUUGUGGAAGAUUCAGCAUUUGCAGCCCAAAGUAUCUCGUAAGAACACCCCCAUCAACUUUACCAAGAUAUGAUGUCACUGAAUUCACACACGUAUGCUUUGCAUAUAAAGGUUAUAUCAGCAACACCCUUCAUGUUUUGAUGUCCUACAGCAACGCCUUUCUACGUACAGUGAAGAAAAAUCUUACUUGCCAUUGGAGUCCUCAAGAGAACAGCCUGGAAAGCUGGGAGUUUACAUGUGUUGACCUAUGGAGGAGCUGUGUGAACAACUCUGAGCUCCUCUUAGACCUCCAAGCAAACUCAACAGUGCUGGUGCAUCAGAUUGUCCUGCUGUUCCCUGAGGUAGAUGAGGAACCAUCUGGAAAGUUUUACCUUGAUGAAAUAAUCAUCUCGGACAGACAAGUAACUGUUUUCCAAAGGGAUCCCAAACCAGCUCGUCCAGAGGGGAAUAUUAUAGAAGCAGUGUCUGUGGUUGGGUCACACCCCAUCUACAAUGUGUCCUUGCUGGUGGCCGGCUGUGGUGGGCAUCUCCCUCUUUUCUCACUAAGGGGAACCUUGCCCUCCCAGGGGUCUGAAGAAGAUGAUUCUCUCUUUGCUUCCCUGGAAAAUGCAAACAUCAGCCUGAGGGUUCAGAGACUGCAAACUGCAUCCCCACCUAUUGGAGGGACCUUCCAGAUCCUGCUGCCUAAUACUGUGAUAUCAGGUGUCCCCGUUCACAUCUCUUCCCAUCAUCUUCACAAGCUCCUGCAAAGCAGCACCGAUAACUCCACAGCACGCUACUUCAAUGCCAGUGAUUUCACAGUGACCAAGGACUCGAGCACGUGUUAUGAAGCCAUCUGGACGCUGACCUGGAAAGCGAAGACGGGGGACUUGCCCAAUGUUAUCAGUGUCUCUGCUGAAAACCUCACUGGACUGAAUCCCACUGUUGCUGCUCGGGUGGUUUACGAUGGCGGUGUGUUUAUUGGACCCAUAUUCGGUGACAUGCUAGCCACCUGCAAUAACUCUACGCAGGUUGUGGUGGUGGUGAAUGAGGUCCUAGCCAACUGCUCUGGUUCCUGUUCCUUUCGGUAUUGCCAGGAGGCAACCCCUGUAGUCAGCAAUGUGGAAUAUUUACUAGAUGACAGACUCCACACCAAGGUUUUUAUCAGGGGAUCAGGCUUCACUGAGGACCAUCAGGCACUGAGGAUAUUGGUGAACGACACAACCUGCAAUGUCACGGCUUCAAACCAAACUGAUUUAGUUUGCCAGAUGAAGAUGCUACCAAUAGGACUGUAUCAGGUUAUGUUACUGGUGAGACCCUAUGGCUUUGCACUCAAUGCUAGCACGGGAGGGGACAUCUGUCUGAGAAUUGAGCCAAAGCUCGUAGCUGUUGAACCAUCGAGAGCUUCAGAGAUUGGAGGCUGCCCAGUGAUCCUCAGAGGUACUGGUUUCGAUGGGAUAAGUCUGGUAUUGUUUGGAUCUCAGGUGUGCCCAGUUAACACCAAUAACAGCAACUCAAUGAGAAUUGAAUGUGAAGUUCCUUCUCGGGGUGUGAACGACUAUAAUGUCCACGUGACACUGAUUGCUGGGCGCCAGUCUACUGUAUUCGCCAACGUGUUUAUCUAUGACCCUUCUUUAAAUCCAGCUAUUGUAGCACUGAGCAGGAACAGAAGCAGCAUAGCAGGCGGCCAGACGCUCCAGAUUGGUUUGUCAUCAUUCGCAGCUUACACUGGUUCGGAUGUCAAGGUCCAGAUUGGGGAUGCUGCAGCAGACAUCCUAGGAAAAACAGCCCACGGUUUGGAUGUAGUGCUGCCUGGUCUGGCAGCUGGAUGGUACAAUGUUUCUGUCAUCCUCAAUGGCAUCCUUAUUGGCUCAAAUGGGGUUGAGUCCUUAAUCCAGUACAUCUCUGAGAUCUUCAGCAUAGAGCCUUGCUGUGGCUCUUUCCUGGGGGGAACAAUGCUGACCAUCUCUGGAAUAGGCUUCACCCCAAACCCAGCUUUAGUGUCAGUCACUAUAGACAGGCAAACCUGUGAUGUGACCCACUUGAUGGAAGAGGCAAUUUGGUGCCGGACUCCACCUGCUGCUGGCUUGUCUCAUGUACAGUCACAGGACAUCUCUGCCCAGGUGCUCGUGUUCAUUGGCAGUAGAUCAACUACACAUACCUCCUCCUUGAGUUUGCAAAGCGGGGACAUUACCUUUACUUACCAAAGGGCUUUAACGCCGGGAGUUUCUGCUGUGGAAGUGGAGAUGAGGAAUGGCAGCCUGCAUCUGGGUAUACAUGGAUUAAAUGUAACCAACUCACUAGUUAAGCUGGGAGACUCAGCAUGUGAGCUCAAGUCUCAACAUACCAACAAGUCUACCACAUUUUCUCAGUGCUCCUUGCCAAUGAAUACUCUGGAGCCGGGGAUAUACCCCAUCAGGGUGCUUCAGAAGCAGCUGGGCUAUGCCAACCUGACAGCAAGCCUGCAGGACAUUAGAGUAACCCCACAGAUAAGCACUGUAUUUCCUUCACAAGGAUCGGCUUGUGGUGGGCUCGUGCUCACCAUAUCUGGCUUUGCUUUAACCUCCCAGAGAAAUUCAGUUCAAGUAAGCCUGGGGGGUAACUACUCAUGUGAAAUCAAGAGCUCUGUUUACAACAUGAUCAUCUGCACUCUUCUUCCAAGGGAUCAGUCUCUGGGUGCCUGGCGGUUGCCUAAGGCAUAUCCGGUUCUUAACGUCACAGUGACCAUAAAUGGGAUCAGCAGCAUCUGCCUUACAAACUGUACCCUCCACCUCCUGGAAGAGUGGACCCCGAGCGUGGAUGCGGUGACCUGGGAGAUCAAUGGGACAUUCACCAACGUGAUGCUCAGUGGACAGAGAUUAGUUUGGGCAACAGAUAAACCUGUGGUCUGCUUGGGUAACCAGGCCCCUUGUCAUGUAACCUACUGGAAUGAGACCAGCGUCAGGUGCCGGGCAGCCAGUGUUUAUGCCGGGGAGCAUACUCUUUCCAUGCCCAACAGCCGGCGUGGGCAAGCUUGCUUCAGGAGGGGCUCUCGCAUUGUCAGCAUUGCUCCUUAUGUGCUCAGGUUUUACCCCCAACAUUUUGGUGGCAAUGGCGGAGGCCGUCUCACCAUAGAAGGUGCUGCAUUUCAAGGAAGAAGCCAGACCUCUGUUAUCAUUGGGAACCAUCCCUGCCUCAUUACACAUGCCACAUACAAUGCGAUCCAAUGUACUGUGCCUCCGGGCCAUGGGACCAAGGCUUUAUGGCUAGAGGUCAACAGCCUGUCCUAUCCUCUGGGAGAAAUAAGCUACAGAGAAGAGUUGACCCCAGUUUUCCUUUCCCUUCUGCCUGUGGCGGGUCUCCUUUUAACUGUGAAGGUGUCACGCAUUACAGCAGUGGAAAACAUGAGGGUGUCUGUUGGCGAUUCCCCAUGCACCAAUGUCAAUGGCAAUCGUACCACUUUGCAGUGUUUGGCUCCCCAGCUUCCUGCGGGAGAGCAUCACAUCGUGGGCCAUGAUCUCCUGAGAGGCUGGGCUUCCUCAAACCUGACGUUCAUUUCUCGGCUUGCUGUCACAUCUGUACACCACAACUUUGGCUGCCUGGGUGGAGGAGCUGUUCGCCUGCAUGGGACCGGAUUCUCUCCAGAAAGCACUUCUGUGGCCAUCUGUGGUGCUCCCUGUGUAACGCUGGGCCCGGCGACGGCGACUGACUUGAGCUGCCUUGCCCCGCGCUUGGAUG